UUUAUUGGUCAUAUACUCAACGUACUAAUGCUGACGAAACUGUGUGUAACCACGCGAAUUUCCCAAGUUCUUGUUGUUUUGUCACCGAAAUCUAUUUAUGCUGUUUAGGUUUUACUUGAAUUAUCAGAAAACUUCUCAACUUGUUGUUUUAAGAACAGUGACAUUAGCAAGAAAUUUUAGAAGAAUGGCAGAAAAUGAAAAUGAAGCAAAACUGAAACUUAUUACAAAGAAUCUUCAGGAAGUUAUUGGCAUGGAAAAGCUAAAAACUGUAAUAUCAGAAAGACCACUAAAACUAUACUGGGGAACGGCAACAACUGGAAAACCACAUAUUGCGUACUUUGUACCAAUGACUAAAAUUGCAGAUUUUUUGAAAGCAGAAUGUGAGGUUACGAUUCUAUUUGCUGAUUUGCAUGCUUACCUCGAUAAUUUGAAGGCACCAUGGCAGUUAUUAGAAUACAGAACAAAAUAUUAUCAAGCAGUGAUUAAGGCUAUGCUGCAAUCUAUAGAUGUACCACUGGAUAAGUUAAAGUUUGUCAGAGGUUCUGACUAUCAACUAACUAAGGAAUAUACUUUAGAUGUUUUCAAAUUGUCCACUGUGGUCACUGAGCAUGACUGUAAAAAAGCUGGUUCAGAAGUUGUUAAGCAAGUCCAACACCCUGCUCUUAGUGGUUUAUUAUAUCCAGGUUUACAGGCUCUCGAUGAAGAAUACUUAAAAGUGGAUGCACAGUUUGGUGGUGUUGACCAAAGAAAAAUAUUCACAUUUUCAGAGAAAUACCUUCCCCAGCUAGGAUAUGCAAAAAGAAUUCACCUUAUGAACCCUAUGGUUCCCGGUUUAACAGGUGCUAAGAUGAGUUCUUCGGAAGAAGAAUCCAAAAUAGAUCUACUUGACGACGAGAAAACAGUAAAAAAGAAAAUAUCAAAAGCUUUUUGUGAGGAAGGUAACAUUACAGAGAAUGGUGUUUUAUCCUUUUGUAAAUUUGUCGUCUAUCCUAUCAUGGAAUUGAAAGGGUUGAAAGCUCUUACGAUAUCAAGAAGCGAAGAAAAUGGUGGCAAUUUAGAAUUUACGACAUAUGAAUCCUUAGAAAGCACUUUCGAGAAAAAGCUUCUCCAUCCAGGUGAUUUAAAAGCGUCCGUCACAGAAUUUUUAAACACUUUACUCGAACCUAUAAGAAAAAUAUUCAGCGAUCCUGAAUUAAAAAAGUUGACGCAACUUGCUUAUCCGAAACCAAAGAAAGAGAAGCAACAGAAGGGAGGAGGAGAAACAAGGGAUAUCACACCUGCCCGAUUAGAUAUUCGUGUUGGGAAAGUCCAGUCAGUAAAAUGUCAUCCAGAUGCUGAGUCACUUUUUAUCGAAGAAAUCGACGUUGGUGAACCAUUACUACGCACUGUGGUCAGCGGUUUGAAACCAUAUAUGAAGGAAGAAGAGCUUCGAGACAGACUUGUUGUGUUGCUAUGCAACCUGAAACCACAAAACAUGAGAGGUGUGAAGUCUCAAGGAAUGUUGCUUGCUGCUUCCAAAACAAAUAUGGAAGGUACCCGUGAGGUGACACCACUUUGUCCGCCGUCUGAAAGUCAACCCGGUGACGUUAUAUACAUUGAAGGCUACUCCCACGGUGAGCAUGGAGAACCAGAUGAGCAAUUAAACCCGAAAAAGAAAAUAUUUGAAACAUUGAAGCCGGAUUUACACGUAUCGGAUAAAGGCUUGGCUGAAUUUAAUGGACAUGUUAUGAAAAGUGAUCGAGGCAAUGUCACGGCAAAACUAUUUAAUGCAGAAAUUAGUUAGAAAUGUUAUUUAUAUUUAAACUAUCCUCCACGUUUGCAGAGUUCGUAUUACAAAGCAGAGUGUAUAGUGCAACCAUGUGAUAUGAACACGCACUGGCUUAUUUCACAAAAGGAAGAAUUGUUUUCUUAUCCUUCUUGUCGUAAACAACUAUUUCUAUUUAUUUAUCAGCAAUAAUUUUACUUUAGCUUAUUAGUAUCCAUUUAAACAAUCAAAUCAAAUAUUUA